AUGGCGAAACUCCGAGCGCAAGUGGGUCUUCCCUUCGGUGACCUUGCAUUACUUUUGGGAAAAAUCGUGUGUUCUCUUAAAGAUACUCCGUGCGAGAGUGGAUUCUAAAUAUUCGUAGUCCUUCGAAAGUGUCUUUUUUGUUUUUUUCUUUAACUUAAAAAGAAUUAUUUAAUGAAUGAAUGUUCAGUGAAUAUGACGAGUUUAUCAAUGACAGAGAAAGAUAAUUAUUUCCUAUUUUUUAUAUUUAUAUCAGUAUUCGUUUAUAUAGGUUUAAUUUCAAUCUGUUUCUUUUUUUUUUUUUUUUUGAUGAUGUCGUUAAGAAAAAUGACUUUAAUGGAAAUUGAAAACAAUAAAAGAGAUAGAUUAGAUAUUUUCACCAGAACUCUUACUUCCAUAUAAAAUCUAUUUACAUCAUCAUCUGUCUUUCUUUCUCUAGGUGUAAUAUAUUGUUACAUUUCUUUUCCAGGCUUUCCUUCUUGUCCUCGUCGUUUCAAUCGUCCUGGUAGCUUCGAUGCCUACGCCUGGUGGCGGCCAUCACGAACAGUAAUUAUUUACCAAUCGAUAUAAAAUUAUAAUUACAUCACAUUACAAUAAUAUUGUAACUACAUCGCGCUUUACAUCGCGUUCGACAACAUUUUGUUUUCUGCAGCACGCAUUUCAUCAUUCACGUGCCAGAAUUGAUUCACAAACACCAUCACACGCAUGUGAAGAAGAUUCACAUAAAGCAUGAAGAAGAAGACGACGGUGGUCACCAGCAUAUAGAGGAAUGGUGA